GACCGAAAACACUGCAACAAAGCUAUAAACAUUUCACCGAAAAAGCUUCUAUCCAAAUAAACUACUGCAAAACCCGCCAAUUACUCGUCGAUCGGAGCGGGACAGCGCUAGCCGCGAGUGAAAGAGAAAGCGAGAGGAGAGUCGAGAAGGCGUCAGACGUAUGGUAGCGCUGUACACACAAAUCACAGUGCAGUAUCCCCCGGCAGCUGCUGGACGAGUAAGGGUUUUUCGUGACUGUCACUCUGAAAACCCCGAGUGGCACAGCAAUUUUUAACCAAGUGUCCCGUUCGUUACGUGCAAGAUGAAAGGGCAGUGCUAGAUUUUACUGCAAUAGUGGCGUCGUGAUAGUAGCUCAGUGCUACGGUUAAAAAAGAGGCAAAAGCAAAAAAAAAAGCAAAACGCGCCACUAUUUUUUAACGUGUUUAUAACUAAGCGGGAUCAAUUGCAAUAGCGGCGGGGCGCCCCAAGUAGUAAGCAGCACGCAGCAGGCGGCGGAAAACAGAUCAGCGGUGCUCGUAGCCAUGUUUGUUUCGCCGUGGAGUGGUGUGUCAUUCAGUAUUCCGAAAUAGUGGUGUGCGGUUCUCUCCAGCAAACAGGGACACACUGCAUACGGAGGGCAGCAUGUGCGCGCGCACACACACACACGCAACAGAGCAGCAGCAGCAGCAGGAGCAGCAGCUGAAAAACGGGAGCUGCAGCAGCAGGUCAAUCGGGCGAAGACGAAGCAGCAGCAACAGUACCGACAUACCGUGUCUUUUAAUUUCGCUGAGGUGCGGAUGCUGAGCGACUACCAACACACCAGCAUACACGCCGGAAGGAAGCGAACGGUGCAAUAGUGCGUUGUUAGGUGUGCGCGGUGUGCGCGCGCGUCCCUGUGUGUGUAUGCGUGCGGUUAGUGGUGAAUACCGUCAGAAUCGUGUGUGUGCGUAUACCGUUGUGUGCACGCGUACCACCACCAUCUCGCUCUCUUCCUGAUCUGUUCAGUGCGCGCACACUCACACGCACACAAACGCAUACACAUCCAACCAUCACCUUUUGCUCUCUGCGUGUGUGCGCGCGUGCGCGCCCGCAUAUGCUCGUGUGUGUGUGUGUAAGCAAGAAGUGCGCUACGACGCGUCGUCACCAUCGAAUAGUGUAAAGUGUAUUUAUGUAUAUGUGUGUGUGUGUAAAAAGCAAAGAAGCAAAAGUCAGUGUUUAUGUGUGUGCAUUCGUAUGUGUGAAGGCGUGGAGUUUUGCAUCGUGAAAUAUCAAUCAUGCAUCCCUCAUCACCAUGAUCAUCAUCCUUCAAGCAACCCGUAACAUCGGCACAGCCACCUGCAAUAAACAAGAGCCGAGCAAAACCCAACGGGAAGAGGCAAACCACGCGCAUCCGAAAACAAUAGCAAAGUAGUGCUAAAAUCGAGAGAAGAAAGUACCCGAAAGAGAGAGAGAGGGAGAGAGAGAGAACAAAUCAGCCUCGCCGCAUCAAUCCACACUCACUCACAGUAGCAGAGAGCGAAGAAGAAGCGGCCGCAGAUGAAGCUUUACUAUUGUAUAAAGCAAGUGCAAUUGGAAGCAGAGGAAAAAGAAGCAGCAGCAUCAAGGUGCACAGAAUGUGAAAUAUGUGUGUGCGUGAGUGUAUGUGUAUGUGUAACAAUGGUAAAAUAAAUAAUUUAUCGAAAGUAUGUAACUGUGACAACAAUAAGCAAAAGAAACACGUGUACAAAGCAAAACACAAAGCUCCAGCAGCGAAAACGCAACAGCAGUAGUGUAGCAGUGUGGUGUAGGUGUGCGUGUGUGUGAGCGCGCGCGCGCCCGCGCAACGGUAGCGAAGAGUGAACGCCAGUGGGAACGACAAACGGAGAACGGGCCAACGGAAGGAGAGAAGGGAAAGAAAAGGCAACCGGUGUGGUGGUGGUGGUUAUUGCUGCAACUUGUUCGUUUCUGUUCCAUCUGCUCGUACCACCAACACCACCAACGUCGACGACAUCAGCACCUUAGCUGCGUCCUCUCUCUCUCUCCUUGCUGGGCGAUUCGCUUCUAUCAAAAUUAUUACCGUGAUAAACUAUGGCCGAUCAUAUGGAGGAGCCGCCGAUGAAAAGGGCGAAGGUUCGGGACGUAUCGUCAGAAGUUAUCGCAACGACGCUCGAUCAAAUGUUCGAUCUGGAGAACCACCUGCCAGACGAGCUGAUGGGCGACAAUACGUGGGUGGACUCGCUGAGCGGAGGCAACAAACCACCCGGUCCCGGUCCGGGCUCACAGAUGAAUGGAGACGAUCCGGGCGGAGGGGGCAGCUCCAACCUGGCCCAGGCAUCGCUUGCCCUGCAGCGCCAGCAGCUACAGCAACACCCGCACAUGCAACAUCUAAUGAUGCAGCAACAGCAACAGACGAACAAAGCAAUGCCGGGCCAAACGAUGCUUGGCAUGGGACCGCUCGGUGCGAAAACCGGUAUGCUGUCCUCGAUGAACCAAACGAUGGGCAACAGCGUGGUGGUGAAUGCGAUGGCGGCCGGUGGUGGCG